AUGCUCGCUCAACUUCCGCGACAGGCGCUAAGCCGCCUUUCCGUCCUGCCGCUGUACGGUGGAGGCUUCUGGGUUGCGUUCACGCAACUGACGGUCUUCUACUACGCGGUCGGUGCGGUGCUUCACUUCGUGUUGCCCCGCAUCGCGCCAGUCAAGCCUAUCCAACACCAGGCUCGCAAGCGAGGCGAGGUGCUUCGAGACGCAUUUUACAGCCUCGGGCCCCUCGCCGUCAAAGCUGCCAUCUGGACGAUCGUAGAGCACAUGCAUUCCCGUGGUCUGGGACUUACGUACGGCGGAAAGGUGUACGGCCUGGCGGCAGUGUCGUACUGCAGUCUAUGCGUUGCUCUGCUGGACUACCUGCACGACGCCUGGUUUUACUGGACCCACCGACUGCUCCACUGGGGCCCCCUCUAUCGCCAUGUGCACUACAUACAUCACAAGUACGACACUACGCUGCCCCCGCAUCUCCCCCCGACACGAUGUCACUUGUCGUCGCGAUCUCCCUCCGCCUUCACGGGCUAUUCCUUUCACCUCGUGGAGGCCGCCAUCGUGUUCGCCAACGAAAUCCUGGUGUGCUUCAUGUUCCCCCUGCACAUGGGCCUGCACAGGUGCUACCACCUCUACACCACUCUCAUACACGAAGGUGGCCACGUUGGCUACGAACUGGCGCCCUUUAUACCCACACUCGAGGGGCUAAUGACGCUGGUGCUGCGGGGAGUUCGGCAUCGCGCGCCGUGGCUUAAUACCGUACAACACCACGACCUACACCACCGCUACCCGACCCGACAUUUCUCAUUGUACUUCACACAUUGGGAUAGGCUAUGUGGCACGAUACACCCGUCGUACGACAAGGAUCUCUUUUCGUACUUUUCAUCGUCUUCGUGA